AGGAGUUUGAAAUAUUUAUGAUGUUUUGGUAAAAUGAUCAAAAAUUUCAAACAGGCUGAACAGUCUUGAGUUUAGACUCUUCAUUCGUGUUAUAUCUCUAAUUUCAACUUUAUGUCCCAGAUAGUCUGUUUUUGUUUUUUAUUUUGUUUUUUAUUUAAGAGUAAAUUUUUUAAAAGUUCGUAUUUCUUUCAAAAUCUUAGCUAUUGAAGAAUUCUGUUUUAAAGUUUCUACGAAAUUCAUACGGCAACAUGAUGGGAAAUUAACAGUUCUGUGUUGAAAAUGGAUUUUUAAGCGCAUUCUGAAAAGGAGGAGUUGACAAUGGAUAUCUGCUUAGUGCCUUCUCUCCAACACCUGUCCUGUUCGGAAAUAGUGAUCUCUCUUUUGAACAAGCUGUUGCCGUUCAUCGACAUCUCCUGCCUGUGUUAUUCAGAUGUGUCGGAAGCGGAUCGUUAUCGAAGAAAAUACCGCGAUGAGAAUUAUAAGUUAAUUAGGAAUCAAGUUGUAAAAGAUAUAGCAAAUCUUAGUCCGUAUGCUCCAAUACAAAAAAAGCUGGAAAGUUUUAUUGCGCCUUUAUUCGGCGAAAUCGAAGCGUGGAUAAACACUUGCUCUCACAUUUGGACAGCAAACGAUGAUGCUCUCUUCAUAAUUAUGCAAAAUAUCCCGCAUUGCUGGUUAACUGAAGGAGUUAUAGAUCGAGAAAAAUCAGCGAAGUCAGUUAUUAAGAACAGUAAUGUGCAUCUGACGAUCCGUUUUAUAUUUGCGUGCUUUUAUUGUGUGUAUGAAGAUGUUCUAUAUUUGUGGAAGCAACUCUCGGAAAGGGAAAAAACCUACCUUCGGGAAGAAUACCUCCCCAAAGAUUUCGAUUUCGUCGUGAAACAGUGGAUUGAAUGGUUAGAAAGCUGGUUAAAUAAAGACUGGCAAUACUGCGUUGCGUGGAUUUUGGGAACUCCUUUAUGGGACAUGAAUGCUUAUGUGCUGAGGCGUGUUUUGUUAGCAUUGACCCCGUUAGAGCGACGUCACUAUGUGCCGAAGGCUUUAAUCGGUAGGAGAGCUCACGAGCGAGAGAGCGAGGCUAUACGUUUUUGUCUCUCAGUUUUGGCCAGAGAAGAACGAGAAGUAGUUUUCAGAGAAUCUCCGGAUGAAGUGAUCAAGUGCAUGACAUCUUGGCCGUUGCGAACCAAUUCCCUUGCAAUAGAAGAUAGGUUAUGGUCUUAUCUUACUGCUGAUACUUUUUAUGACAUUCUUUGUAUGCUUUUAGGGCGGAUCCGUCAACAGAAAAGGGACGAUUCCACUCAACUCUUAGCAUUCCUAAAAUACUUUUGGGAGAAGAGCCCUAAUAAUUUCCGAAGAAUCGCAGAAAAUCGUCGCUCUAUUUUUUCCAAACCAUUACGGCUUGUUUUGGAUCAUGAUCUUACGGAAGUGUUUCCGAUAUGGAAGUUCUUAAAUUGCUUUGGAGGAUUUCCGACUUAUUCUCCAACAUAUUGGCCUAAAGAUUUGCCGAUAGAAGACGGCGAUGAUUUGACGAGGCAACAUUCCAAUAGCCAAAGUAGCUUGCAAUGCUGUGUAAUAUUGUAAAAUUUGGAAAAGCACCAAUGUACAAUAUUGUUUUAUACAUUGAAUUAAUUCCUUGCAAUUUCGUAUACAGAAUGUGACUUGCAAUUAAGACGUGAAAGAUUUUCGCUCGUUACUAAGAUUUGCUAUUGGAAUAACUUAUGGAAGUUAGAUUCAAAGUUAAUUGCUUUUAAAAAUGAUAUGAUAUUCAGUUAUCAUUUUUCGAAAUCAUUUGCCUUUUUUUUAUGUAUUUUUGUAUAUUUAUUUUAAUUUAUUAGCUUACAAUUCAAUUUUUUAAAGGUAAAAUUGAGUUUAUUGUACAAUGCGAAUCACUCAUCUUAGUUCUUGAUUCCUUGCUUAAACAGAAUAAAUUUGCCAUGUUCUUUCUGUUUGCAGUAAAAAUUAAGGCGGUGAAUUUUUCAAAAGCAGAAUUCUUUAUGAUGAUAAUAAGUUUUUAAAAUUUUAAAAUUUGAAAUAAAUAAGUUUUUAAAAUUUGAAUUAAUCUAUUUUACUUUAAAUAAAAAACAAUCUCUGACAUUUAAUUUUUUUUCUUCAUAUUUUUAAAACAAGGAUUAAGAAUUUAAAAAAAGUACUUAAAUUAUAUGGCUCAUUUCAAAUAAAAAAUGCAUAUAUAUAUAUAUAUUGCCAAAUACAGAAUUUAAAAAUUGUCAUCAUAGCUUUGAACAACAUUGUUAAAAGUAGAAUUUUCGGCAUAAUUAUCAGUAUGGUUCUGCAUUGUUCAAUGUACAAUUUGUCAUAUUGCCUGUAUAUUUUUAUAUAAUAUUCCAAUUUUAAUGAGUAAUUGUU